CGUGCAGAUGAAUAACUUGACAAGCAUAGUACAGUCUGGACCGUUACUUGGUGACCACCAUAUUUCCUAUGGGCUCAAUGUCACUCUGUGGAUCUCCUCGAGUAAUCUGCUGGAUUUGUACAAUGAAACUGUCAUUUCUUUGACUGGAAACGGCAAGACUAUCUACCACGGCGGUCGAAAUGGAACAGUUGUUGAACCAGGCAAAAUUUUGGAAUAUGUUGUUCCCUUAUUUGAAUCCAGCUGGAUUCAACUUGAUAAGCUUCAAAUGCCAACAGCCUUUGAUGUCAUGG